UAUGGAGGAAAUGGUUCACUAGCAGGAAGUUCAGCUGUUGUGUGUUUAGUUGUUGGAGUGAUGGCGGAGAACAUAGAUGGAGCUGGUCUCGUGGAGAACAGAAUGGCGCUACAGCAGGCCUUACGUUUUCGUGGUCCUACUCCACCACCCAGCACAAUAUUGCGAGGACCUCCUCCGUUACUACGACCACCACCUCCGCCCUUCGGCAUAAUGAGUGGCCCCCCACCACCACCCAGACCCCCUUUUGGACGGCCACCGUUUGACACCAGUAUGCCACCGAUACCGCCGCCUGGAGCUCUGCCCCCACUCAUAGGACCCCCACAUCUACAGAGGCCACCAUUCCUGCCUCCACCCAUCGGAAACAUGCCGCCGCCUCCUGGUAUGAUCUUUCCACCUGGAAUGCCUCCAUCACCAGCAACUGGAGGAGCUUUGAGUGUUCCCAGUGAUGAUAUCUGGGUAGAGAACACCACGCCAGAGGGAAAGUUAUAUUACUACAAUUCUCGGACACGGGAGUCUGCCUGGACCAAACCAGAGGGUGUGAAGAUCAUCCAACAGUCAGAGCUCAAUCCUCUGAUGGCAGCAGCUCAAUCUGGUAGUGCUGCAGUGGCUCCAAACAACUCUGUCUCCACUGCAGUUAGCAGCAAUGCCACAGCUGUGCCUUCCCCAGUCUCCACCCAGAGCUUGUCCCCCACUCACACCCUUAGCACCAGCCCAGACCCCAGCACCAGCCCAACACCUGCCACCUCCCAAUCCUCCACCACCUCUGGUGUUACUGAAAUGCCUCCAGUGGCCUCCACACCUCCGGCCAGUGUGGCUGUGACCCCUGUUGCUGUUGUCAGUGUUCCUACAGUAACAGCUACAGUCACUGCAGUGCAGACGAUGCCACUGUUACAUCAAAGUCUCCCUCCAGGCCUGUCUGUGGCCCGGCCACCUCCUGGAAUCCCAGCAUUCCCGCCAGUCAUGGUACCUCCAUUCAGAGUGCCUCUGCCUGGAAUGCACAUCCCACUGCCGGGUAUGCUGCCAGGCAUGGGCCGCCCUCUAGUACCAAUGAUGCACCCACAUCUGACUAUAACUGCAGCUCCUGCAUCUCUGACGAGGGCUUUUCCUCUUCCUGAAUGGACGGAGUACAAGACGGCCGAUGGGAAGAUGUACUAUUAUAACAAUCGCACACUGGAGUCCACCUGGGACAAACCUGCGGUGCUGAAAGAGAGAGAUAAGAAGAGUGACAAAGCUAAAGAUGGUCAGGCUGAUGAUGAUUCAAAUUGCAAGGAUAUAGACAUGGAAGCCAAAGUUGACCUCUUUGGCAUGCCAAAAAUGUUGCCCAGAUUAGAAGAGAUGACCGAGGAGGAAAAAGCAGUACAGAAGGCCAAACCUGUAGCCACAAACCCUAUUCCUGGUACUCCCUGGUGUGUGGUCUGGACUGGAGAUGAACGUGUAUUUUACUACAACCCAACCACACGACUCUCCAUGUGGGACAGACCUGAGGAGCUCGUGGGCCGUGCUGAUGUGGACAAAUACAUUCAAGAGCCCUCCCACAAAAGAGGGCAAGAUGACAUCAAGAAAACAGACAUCAAAGAGGAGACUGACCCAUUUACAGAAGAAACUCUGGAAGAUGAGCCUUCUGAGGCUAAGAAGAGGAAGAAGGAUGAUGCAAAGGAGAUGGAAGCAGAGAAAGAUGCGGCCGAGGUGAAGGCUGCUCGUGAUCGGGCACUGGUGCCCCUGGAGGCCCGCACGAACCAGUUCAGGGACAUGCUGCUUGAGAGAGGGGUUUCAGCUUUCUCCACCUGGGACAAGGAGCUCCACAAGAUUGUGUUUGACCCUCGAUACCUGCUGCUCAACCCCAAAGAGAGGAAACAGGUGUUUGAUCAGUAUGUGAAGACUCAUGCUGAAGAGGAGAGGAAGGAGAAGAAGAAUAAACUCAUGCAGGCUAAAGAUGACUUUAGGAAGAUGAUGGAAGACGCCAAACUCAACAUUAGGACUACGUUCAGUGAGUUUGCGGCAAAACACGCUAAGGAUCCUCGAUUCAAGGCCAUUGAGAAGAUGAAAGACAGAGAGGCAAUGUUCACAGAGUUUAUGAUGGCUUGGAGAAAGAAGGACAAAGAAGACUCCAAGAACAAAGUCGAUAAGGUGAAACAGGACUUCUUUGAUUUACUGUCAGACCAUCAUGUGGACAUUUCUCAGCGCUGGAGCAAAGUGAAGGACAAGCUUGAGACAGACCAGCGCUACAAAGCCGUGGAGAGCUCAACUGCUAGAGAAGAACUGUACAAACAGUAUGUGGAGAAGCAGUCAAAGAGUGUGGACUCUGAGAAGGAGAAGGAGCUGGAGAGACAGGCUCGUAUCGAGGCCAGUUUGAGGGAGAGAGAGCGGGAGGUGCAGAGAGCGCGAUCUGAACAGACCAAAGAGAUCGACAGAGAGAGAGAGCAGCACAAACGAGAGGAGGCCAUACAGCACUUCAAAGCUCUCAUGUCUGAUAUGGUAAGGUCAACAGAUGCUUCCUGGUCUGAAACAAGGCGCAAUCUGCGUAAAGACCACCGGUGGGAGUCGUCCUCUCUGCUGGAGCGACAUGAGAAGGAGAAAUUGUUUGAGGAACAUGUGGAGGCUCUUUCCAAGAGAAAGAAAGAACAUUUCAGGCAGCUAUUAGAUGAGACAUCUAUGAUCACCCUGACCACCACAUGGAAAGAGGUGAAGAAGAUUAUCAAAGAAGACCCACGCUGCAUCAAGUUCACUGGCAGCGAUAGAAAAAAACAACGGGAAUUUGAAGAUUACAUAAAGGACAAAUACAUUACAGCCAAAGCUGACUUUAGAACUCUACUGAAAGAAACUAAAUUCAUCACGUACAGAUCACGGAAGUUCAUGCAGGAGUCAGACCAACACCUGAAGGAUAUUGAGAACAUCCUACAGAAUGAUAAGCGUUACUUGGUCCUCGAGUGUGUUCCCGAGGAACGCCGCAAACUCAUCAUGUUCUAUAUUGAGGAUCUGGACCGCCGGGGACCCCCACCGCCCCCAACAGCCUCAGAACCCACCCGCCGCUCCACGAAGUGAGGUACUACUGCGCAUCAAAGGACUUGAGCAUGAGUCGGCGCUGCAUUCAUCAUAGCACAGUGUUAAAGAUCAUGUAACUUCGAAACGUCUGUGUUAUCUACUCAAACUGUGUGAGAAGAUGGCCUGUAUGCACUCUAGUUGUAGGCUAGCACAAGGCAAAUUGUUAAAGGAAUGGUUCUCCAAAACAUUGUAAACUAAAUUAAUUCCAACCCUGUAUUAUGUUCUUUCCUCCGCAGAACACAAAAGGAGAAUGUUAGGGGCUCACAACCUCAGUCGCCAUUCACUUUCAUUGCAGUCUUUUUCCAUACAAUGAAAGUUAAUGGUGACCAAUGCUGUCAUUCUCCAUUUGUGUACCGCAAAGAAAGUCAUACAGGUUUGGAGCAAUAUGAGGGUUUAAUGCAGUCGUGUACCAUCCAGUACAUGUGUAUAUGAAAUGUUUCUUAAAGUGGUUUGAUUUGGACAUGUUGCUAUAUUUCUGUA